CAUUUAAACUUGAUACAUCUGAUUGUAUAAUAUAUUUGUGGUGAAUUAAAUUAAUCAUUUUACUUCAAAAUUUUACUCAUCGGUGGUUUGACGUCUUUAUUUAUAUUUAUCAACCUUUCAAGUUAUCCGCACCAUUGACUCAAUUAAACUUCUAAUUAGGCAAUUAGACUUCAAUUUUGACAGAAUUUUAUUGCUUGAAUUUACAUGUAUAAAUUCUGACCCUUCCAUAUACAAUAAAAUAAAGAAUAAAUGCCUCCUUCCGCCGAUGUCCAAUAAAUAUCUGUUGUACAUAUUUGUGAGUGUGCUGUAUUUAAAUGCAAAAAGUUGAACAAUGCUACUUUACUUUAUUCUGAAAUAUGUGUUAGCUAGAUGUGUAUUUAUGUGGUGAACUUGGAAUGGUGAUAAUCCGCCUAGUGGGAGAAAUAUUUUCGGAUCAAAUUACAAUCGUUUUACACUCUUAGAUUCAUGACAGCGAUUCGGUCGAGUUUUAAAUAUGCUUUAUUACAGCAAGACAUGACUUUCGAUAAUUUACUUGACUUUUUUGUAAAUCAUAAAAGUAGUCAUUUUACCAUGCAAGCGUGAUGAAAAAAUAUUAUUUUGUAGUUACAGGAGUGUUGAAAAAUUUGGUUUUUACAAGAUUUGAAUUCGUUCAUUUUAGUCUGUAUCAAGUUGGGUUUUUUCGAUUGGAAUGUUUAGAGUUGUUUAUGGUUAGGUAAAGGAAUUCACUUUCAUGUAACUUUUCUGAUUUAAUAUGGAAUAUUAAAUAAUUAAAUUUGCUUUUUUGAGGUUACUGUUAGCCCGUGAUAUUGGGUAUUAGUAGGACCAUGAAGUGAUGAUUUGAAUUUUCGAAUUUCGAACUUUGCUACUCUUUGUACCCAAGUGAGGAAUAAUAGCUGGUAGAUCUUGAGUUUUCGUUAGUAUUUUGGAUAUUUAAACUUUGACCAUUGGUAAUUUAGAUGUGGUACUCAAAAAGCUAGCCAUAGAUCGUUUGAACCUUUCUUAUGAAUUUUGGCUUCUUUGGACAAUUUAGACGUCUAAACCAGCGUUUGAAUUUUUUGAACCGCUUACUAUACAUACACUUGGGUGAUUUAAUUAAUGGUUUAACCUAAUGCAUUUGUGAUAUUGUGAAAGCUGGAGUUAAAGUGUUAACUAUCAGAAAAUUCUAGAACAUUGAAAUUGUCGAGAUGUUUGUAAUUCUUUCAAAUGGAUAUUCGUUUGUGUGCCAUGGUAUAUUAUUGCUUCUAUAUCAAGUUUUGUACAGUAUAGUACCACACUUUUAUGUUACAUUGAUAUUUCAUAGAUAAAGUAAACCAAGCUUAUUGAUGCAGUCAAUGUGACUGAAAACUGGUGAAAUGUCAUUAUUUUUGCAUUUGAUUUUUUCUCUUCAUCAUUUAGUUAUUUUUUGAUAAAGAUAAUCCUUUAUGAAUAUGGCAUAUAAGUUGCCAUCCGAAUAGUUUGUUAUCCUGGGAAGUCUUUGUUGAGAUUUAUUCUAUUUCAGAUAUUCUUUAAGGCGUUCAAUGCACAGCAAAAUUAUGAUAUAUAAGGUGUUCAUAAAGUCUUAAACACUUUUAAAAUUGCAAAUGAUUUGGCCCUCACAGAUGUAUUGAAUGAAGUAAAAAAUACUUGAACAAUUACUGAUUGAAACAAACCUGGUUAGGAUAUAUUGAGAACGGACUCCAUAACGAAAUUAAAAAUGUAAAGGGACUUUGUGGACACAUUGUAUGUCGAGAUUUUGCUGUCAACUGUUGCCUUUUAAAGAGCUGGUAUUUUGAUUGAUUGAUUAUUAGAAAUUGAUUAUAUUCUGAUUGAAUUACAUUAAAAGUAUGAUUAUUAGCUCGUAUGUGACAACUGACAAUACAACAUUGUAUAUUGGUAUUGCUUUCAAUGCUUUGCUGUUAAUACUGCGAUUUUCAUCUUAAUUGCCUCAUGUACUUACCGUAUUCAUGUUAACUGUUCUGUGUCAUAAUAAAUGUAUAUCUAGGUAUAGUAUUAGGUUCUUUUGUUCAAUAAUAUGACGGAAUUAGGUAGAGAGAUGCAGUAGUUUUGGGAAGAUAAUUAAUUUGAAAUUAAUUUUUGAGGAUAUAAAAUGGUUGUGAUGGAAAACGGAAUUGAUCGAGUUUUCUCUUUCCCAUGCGGAAUUAAAUAUAUCGGAAACGAUGUUGGAAAAAAUUCUGCAAAAUUUGAAGAAAGUAGAACUGGGGUCCUGCUAUUUUCAACUUUUCAAAACAGACCUUUGUGUUAUGUGUUAAGUACAUUUACCCCAAAUCCAACAGCUAUAAAAAAGGGCAAAUGGUUGACUUUCAAAAACAGUAGUAAAUACUCUAUCAGCGUGGUUUUAAAAGUUUCAAAAAAAUAUCAAACUGUUUUUGGAUCUCCAGUUAUCGCUUGGGAGUGCAAAGAUUUUGAACAGCAACAGAAAGCAAUUUUUAAGCCAAAACUGGAUUGGAAUAUGUCUUCAAAUGGCUCAGAUAAAGUCGAAAAUGAGCCAACAAUUUUGUCUUGGUUUAUUCUGUACCAGUUAGAUGCCAAUGAAAUGUCAAAGUUGGAUUUUGACAAGUUGAGAUGUCAAGCGAGUUCAUUAUGUACCGACUUCCAUAUUAGAACAGGCCAACCAAUUGAAACAAGAAGUUAUCCAUUUGGACCUGAUAUCAUGGAGAUUUUUACAAGUGCUGUGAGCACUGGUAUCAUAAGUAAUGUGUCAUUGGACAAAUCAUUGUUUCUUAUUGAUGCAAGAUGUCUACCUGGUUCAGAAGGAGGUUCUGUUAUAACAUUGGUUUCACACAAACUCGUUGGAAUAAUAGUUGCACCACUGUGCUGGAAAAAUCAGGAAUUAGUUGGAUUUUCAGUUUGUUGCUCAGUUCAAAGUAUUUUUUCAUCUUUACAAAAUGUUUUACAAUCAAACCCAAUAAAUGAUGAUGUCAGAAUAUUGGUGAUAUCAUGUUUAAAAGCUUUUAAAGACAAUCAAUUACUACCCUCAAAAAAUAAAGGACCCACUGUUGUGAGAAUAGAUGUUGCUGGCAUUUGGGGUUCAGGGGUCGUUGUUGCGGCAACAAAAAAAAAAAAUUUAUGUGAAGUAACUAUUGUUACUUGUCGACAUGUGGUUGAAAAUGCGAUAGGAAGAAAUCAUGUCAAAAUUUCUGUGAUAUUUGAAAAUGGGAAGAGUUAUAUUGGGAAACUCCUGUUUGCAUCUGAUGAAGCCUCAGCUUAUGAUUUAGCAAUUUUAAAUGUUGAAAUUGAUAGAAGUAGCACUGAGAAUUUAUGUUUGAAGCAGAUGCAUGAAUAUGAAUUGGCAAAUGGAAGACAGAUAUUCAUGAUACCAUAUUCGAAGCAUUUUUCUAAGGGUUCACCCAUUCACGUAAAAGGUUAUCCACUGUUUGACGUAGAUAUUGAUCUUGGAGCCACUGUAUGUUCUGGUGUGUUGUCGAACAUUUCAUAUAAUAAUGCUGAUGCUCCUAUACUUCUGCAUUCUACAUGUCUGGUACACAGAGGUUCUAGUGGUGGAGGACUGAUUUGUUCUGUAACCGGUGAAUUGCAGGGCAUUGUUGUCAACCAUGUAAAAGACGAGAACUGCAAUGUUUCAUACCCAGAUGUUAACUUCAGUAUUCCAUGCAAUGUCUUCAUGCCUGUUGUUCUCGACUAUCUUCUAUCUCAAGGAAGAGAUUUGAAUAGUUUAAAUUGCUAUGAUAAUGAUAUCGUACGGGCCUGGAAUAUGGAACCUUCACAUUUGGAUGAUCGAGAACCUAAAAUUAAAAGCAAAUUGUGAUUUGGAAUCUUCAAAAUGCUCUAUUUUAAUAAAUUCAUCAUAUUAUAUUAGCCAAAAUAUAUGAUAAUUGAUUAUGAAAUCGCAAUGAAAUAUUUUGUCCGCAGUUGAUAGUUGUAGGUCCGUCAAAGUAGUGAAAAUGAUAAGUAAAAUUACAUCUGACAUAAGUCUCAAAAUGAUCAAUCAAUCAUUUUAUUUCGGUUCUCUGACAUAAACAACACAAAAAGUAAACAGACAAACAAAACGCAAAGAUACCUGGAAGGCGAGCAUAUCUAAAAAUACUUUCCAUAUUGUACUCUUCUAUAUUUCAUGUUGCCCCGUUUCGUCUGAAGCACCGGUUCUCAACCAGUGGGCCAUGACUGUGCCACAGAAACAUUAUCAGCUGGGCCACAAUUCUAUCAAGAAUUGAUAGACUUCAUGAUAAAUUAGUCAAAUUUGAUUGUAUUAGAAAUAAAUGAUAAUGCUGUUUUUUGCUACUAAAUGAUACUUUUUAUUUCAAUAGUUGAAGUGAAAGCACCUAUCUUAGCAAAAAAUUUUUUUUUAAAAAAUAUUGUUUUCUCCGUAGUUUUUUUCCCUUGCGAGGGAAGGUUAAUGUGCAACGAAAAGGGGGCACAAAAAAAAGGUUGAGAACUUCUGGUUAAAAACUUUUUGUAAAUUAGUGGAAGCUUGUAUUACCACUCUGAGUUUCCAUGCAAUUUGGUGUUUUUUGAAUAUGCAUUAUUCAUAUGUUAUUCAUUUUGUAUGACUUUUUGAUAAUUUUCCACCUAUCAUUUUUGCCAAAUAAUUUAUGGAAUGAAGUGCAAUAAAUUUUAUUUCUCGAUAUGAUUUUCUAUUGUUUGUGUG